AUGCUGCCUCCGCCACUCCCGCAGCCGGCGGGCGGCCCGCGCCGAGCCGAGCCGAGCCGAGCAGCGUUGCGCCGUCCCUCCUGCCGGGUGGCUGACCCGGAAGCGCUGCGCCCCGCCCCGCCCCGCCCCGCCCGGCCGAAGAUGGCCGAGUCCCCGGAGGAGGUGGCGGUGCUGGUGCGGCGCGUGGUGCGGGACAUCCGCACCGCCUUCCAGCGCAACCCGCACAUAGAUGAAAUUGGAUUAAUCCCCUGUCCUGAAGCAAGGUAUAACCGGAGCCCCAUAGUGCUGGUACAGAACAAACUUGGUGUGGAGAGCUGGUGCGUCAAGUUCCUUUUGCCAUAUGUCCAUAACAAGCUCCUCCACUAUAGACAAAAAAAGCAAUGGCUCAACAAAGACGAACUGAUAGAUGUCACAUGUACGCUGCUGCUGCUAAACCCAGACUUCACCACUGCAUGGAACGUCAGGAAGGAACUAAUAUUGUCUGGCACUUUAAAUCCACUUAAGGACUUACAUCUUGGAAAACUGGCAUUAACUAAGUUUCCGAAGAGUCCAGAAACAUGGAUUCAUAGACGAUGGGUGCUGCAACAAUUAAUUCAGGAAAACUCCUUGCCCACUCUUGUGAAUAAAGGGAACAUGGGAACAGUGCCUACAGAAAGAAUUCAGCGGCUAGUGCAGGAGGAAAUGGAUGUCUGCUGCGAAGCUGCUGGGAGAUAUCCAAGCAACUACAAUGCCUGGUCCCAUCGUAUCUGGGUUUUACAGCACUUGGGAAAGCUCAAUGUCAAGAUUCUUCUCGAUGAACUUUCUUCAACUAAAUAUUGGGUAUCCAUGCAUGUUUCGGACCACAGUGGAUUCCAUUACCGCCAGUUCUUAAUAAAGUCCUUGACUGGCAGAACUGUGGCUGACAAUACUGUACUGGUGCAAAAUCAACUAGUAAACCAACAAAGCUCCAGUCUCCCAAAGGAUGAAGAAAAUGAAGCGGCAGAAGCCACAUGUGCAGAAGAACAGAAUGUAGAUCUCUCCCAACUUUUAGAGGAAGAAUUGGAACUCUGCACUGAUCUUAUUGAUACCUACCCAGGGCAUGAAACAUUGUGGUGUCACAGACGGCAUGUGUUCUACCUUCAGCACCAUUUAAACAACACACUUCUUCUUCCAAAUGUAUGGUUGACAUCGGUAGACAGCAGCGAUGGAACUCUAAAUAAUUCCCACCCCAGUACUGCGGUCAGUCAUGUUACUCAAGCCAUGGAUGUUGACGGUUUGCAUGAUUCCAACAAACAAGGCUAUACCCAAGAAACCAAACGACUAAAACGUGCCCCUACACAGGACUCUCUUGGCCUGGAAAUGGAAUACAGGUUCAUUGACAAAAUUUUAUCAACUUGUAGAGAUGUGGAGCAGGCUAGGUUUGCUACUGCAUAUAAAAAAUGGUUAGUUAAUUUUCCAAGUCAGUGAAGGAAAAGCUAAGACCUGCAGGAUUCCUCUUUUAGUGCAAUAUUCUCUUUUCAGUCACAAAUGCAUGUCAUGGUUGCAAGUGUUAGCUAGCCAUGUUUUUCUCACUUUUUUAUGGUCAGUGCUGAAAUUCAUAUGCAGAGUAAUAAUCUUUCAUUUUAUUUAUUUAAAAAACUGGCAUAUCUUUUUAUUAAGCAAACAUAGUUUGUUUUUCUUUAGUCCUUCAAAGAUUUCAGACUAUAUUUUUACUUGUGGCAGCUUCAUGUCAUGCCAUUGUUCCCCAUGAACCUUUUCUGUAUUAGUGUGGACUGUGAACAGAGGGGCUUAACAAAAAGAUUUAAAAUGAUUCUGAUCCAAAUGGAGGGCCUGGGAAACAAGUUAGUAGAUCUGUCAGCAUAAAAUUAGCUUGUUCCUAUGUUGUUCCUCUCCAGCAUAGUCAAGGCUGGCAAUGACUCCUACAGAGCCAGUGGACCCAGAUUGUAUUUAGUGAGUUUUUACAUCUGAAUUAGUAACCACUAGUAAAAGAGGAGGCUGCUGUGUUUCUGCCUCCAGUGCCCCUUUUAAUUCCUCAUAAAGGCAACAUGUAUUGCUACUAUACUGGAAUUACGCUUUUUGUUUUAUUUGCCUGACAGCUCUAUCACAUAAGGUCGCUAUCAAAAUCUAAGCUUAAGUCCAUGCCAAAUCUGAUGCAGGUAGAGAUGGGAAAACAAACUGUCUUUCUCUCAUGCAACAAGCGAGUAAGGUUAAAGCUGUAUGUGGAAGCAUUUCUGUCUUUAACAUUAUAUACUUUUAUUUAUUUAUUUAUUUUACCUCAAAAAGCCAGAGUUAAUGACACUUGAUUUACAUUUGUGAAUGUAUUGCAUUAACACUACAGAGCCCAACAAAGACUAUGCAAUCACACACACAUCAUAAAAACACAGUAUACAAGCAUUUUAAGUGAUGGAAGUAAAAAGGAAUUGUGCUAGCUGAUUUGUUAAACUAUACUAUGAAGACAGUUAGUCAGGAUUUCUUCCUUUCUGCAUUUGUGUGCAUGCCUGUACUUCUGUAUUUCUAGCUUAGGCAAGACUUCAAUUCAUUGUCUUCCCUGUCAGUCAGUGGACCUCCUCCUGCCCAACACUUCAUGUAUAUAUUGUGAUUAUACAAUUCUAAGGUAGUUUUAUCCUGGAAUUUCCUUUUGGUUAUCAGUGCAAUUAAAUAUGAAUAGUCUGUAUUGGCAUUUCUUAGAACCUCUCACCAUCUGCACCAGUGUAGUUGAACUCCUGUAACUAUGCUAGUGCAAGCCUCAUUGUAAAAAUGCUGCCCUGUUUAAAUGAAAGCUUGCCACAGGGCUGCUUUACUCCUAAAGUUCAAACAUUUUGGAAAUUUGGGAAAGCUCCUUUACUAUGAUCUGUGCUCGUUUUCCCUGUACAAAGUCCAUCCUCAGAAUGAUCAGCUUCAUGCUCCUGUUCUUAUCAUUGAGAAAGUACAAUGAGGAGUAGAAAUGGAGGUGUGCUGCUUGAAAAGAUGUUACUCUCAGAAGUGUGAAGGGCACUGGAGCAAUGGGCAGUGGGAUUCCAGGGGUCCUAAGUCAUGUCUGGGUAGCAGUUAUUCUUGCAUGUCAAAGGGAAAAUAGACUCCCUCUGGUAUGUUUGCUUUUAGUGAUGUGGCUAAAUUUGAUGAUUUUGAGACCGGAAUGAACUAAAGAGUUAUUCAGGUCAUUCAGGAAAUAGGUAGUAGUAUUAAAACAGGGUCUCUAUCAUCUGGGUAUGUUUUGGGUUGGGUUUUUUUUAACUCUGAAGAGUUAAACUCCUAGGCCUUGGAGUUCAAAACCACUUUGUGGCUAAAAUGAGUUUGGUAAAGAUGUGUCAGAUUGUACCUUGUAUGUCUGUAGUUUGCAGAUGAGUGAGUUGAGUGACAUAUAGGUUUGAGCAUCUCCAUUGCAAAGCCUUAUUUGUGUUAGUGCCUUCUCACCAGUUCUGCAGUAUGUCUGGGGUUUGGGAUGUCUGUGUGUGUCUGGGGUUUUAUUUCAUGGUUCUUGGUGCUGAGAUACUCUAGGAUUCUUUCCUAGUCAGUUGUAUCAAUUUUAGAAGAACUUGUUUGGCUUUGGGGCAGAAGCGGGGGAUUGUGGUUGGGGCUUUGGAGGACCAUCAAAACUCAAAAGAUUUUGCUGUUUUCUUCACUGUUAAGUACUGUAUUUGCUUUUUUUCCAAAAUGAGGUUUAUUUUCCCAUUCAACAUGGGGGAAAUGAAGUCUCAUCAUAGAAUUGAGUAUAGGACCACUCCAGCCAGCAGCUGCAGCAAGCAGUGGUGUCCUCAGCUGAUCCAGGUACAGGUGAAGCUGCUCCUUCAUCGUGCUGCAAGGAGCAGCUGUGCAGGGAACCUGGCUCUGCCAGGGACAUGAGCAGCGGCACAUAGGUUCCUCCUUCCAGCACUUGUUCCAUGCCUGGCUCCACUCUUUUUCCCCCUCCCACUCCCACCACUUCACGUUCUCCACUGGUGAGGCGUAGUCACUGGAAGGAGGAACCUGCGCUCUCCUACUGUUGUCUCUGGCUAUCUGAUGCAGGCUAUCUCUAGAGCUGCUCCUGCUUCUUGCAGCAGGGAGCAGCUUUGUGGGGAGCCCAGCUCAGCUGGGGACAGCAGCAACGGUGCACAGGUUUCUUCUUUUAGUGCUUGCUCCCAGGCAGAGCGGGGAGGGCAAGCACUGGGAAAGGACAGGUGGUGGGGUGACAUAUACUAGGGCAGAUAAGUGUGGGGAGGUAAGUGGUAGAGGGGGCACUUGUCCCCACCCUGGUAUCCUCCCUACCAUCUCCCCUGCCAUUGUUUUCCUGCCCCUUCCCGCUAUUUUUCCUGCUGCAGCAGUGUGGGGGCCCUCCAACAAUUAGAUUCUAGACAUGGAAAAAUUAUAACAAAUUUAUAAUUUUCCAUGUCCAAAAUCUAAUUAUUGGGGGGGGUCAUCUUAAAGUCAAAGUCAUCUUGGAUUCAUGUAAAUAUGGUAGCUGAGUUUCAGCCUGAGCUUAAUAGAAGUUAGGGCUAUAACUGAUGCCUCAGCUGAGUAAACUAGUCCAAAUGUAAAGUGUUAACCCCAGGUCAGAUGGUUCUCUGUGUGAUGGCAGGUGAGGCUAGGAUGAAACCUGAGUAGAAGCUUGGGUUCAGAACAUGUAGGUGAUAAGUGCCUACUCAGAAAGUAUGCAGGCAUUUGGCUCUAAGUUUGUCAGAGACUGUUUUAUCUGUGCUAAAAGAAUUUACUUUUAGAGUCAAGGCAGCAUCUUAAUUUUGUCUUCUCCACUUUUACUCUGUGUGGGUUAUAGAUACAAUGGAAGGGUAUUGGAGGAGGGAGCAGACUGAGGAGAAUUUGUGCCUUGUGGGACAAAUAAAACCCCAUCAUUUGAGGCAGAGAGGAAGAAAGACAAUACUUACUGUACUUGUACUGUAGUGACUGGAUUCUGUAGAAGGAAUUUCAAGGAUGGCAGUGGAACCUGACUUAAAAUCCAUUAUAAUAAAUAUCAGUUAGACUUUUUAAACUCUCAGUCAGCCUUCCUAGAGCUAUGUAGUAGAAAUAGCCUGAUAUUGAAUUUGACAGUCAUUCUGUCAUAAACAUUUAAGGUCAAACCCUGCCUUCAAAGUUGUGUACAAUUCUCAUUGAUGUCAGUGUGAAUUAUGCAUGCCUGUAUGAAGACAGGAUUUGGUCUUGUAUAGUCAAGUAGUAUUACAAUGCAUUUAAAGCAUUCCAGUAGUUCUCAGAAUAAAGGUGAGGUAUGGUUUUUUAAAAUCAUUUUACAGAAGUGCUGCCAACUGAAAUGUUACCCAAAUUGUAGAUUUUUUUUUCAAUACUGCUUCCCCACGCCCUACCCCCCCAAAAAAUGUCUGAUGGAGAUAUUUUCAUGAUUUUUUUAAAUCUCCAGUAGAAGCAACUACAUUAAAAUUGUCCUCCUGUUUGUGGCGCUGAAAACCCAACCAUAAAAAAGAUUUAAAUCUAAGUGAAGCUGAUGAUAAUAAGUUAUACUUUCCCAGCUGAAGAAAAUCUAAACAGUGAACUAACAGUAUCCAUAUUUGAAACCUAAGCACAGUUUUUUCACUUUGAAAAUAGUGAAAAAAAAAUACAUUUUCUUAAAAAUAUUAUUUUCAAGCUGUCUGUGUCCUUUAACCUUUAUAUGAACUGAUUAUUGUAAUUUGGGGGGAAUAUAUUUUAAAACUGAGAAUUUUGCAGUGUCCUGCAUGUGAAAUUUUACAGCUGAGACCAACUAAUCAGUCAAAUUAAAAUUUCUUAAGUUCUAAUGGAGAGAGGUGGAAUUACGGCAUAGUAAAAUUUUUUAGAUGUCAGGUCAUUGGCAGUUAAUAUAUGCAUCAUUUCCUGAGCUCAGCUUCUCAAUGUUAAGUAACAUAUAUUGGCCAAUUAGUAUGUCAGAGGGCAGCAUAUCUUUAACUUUUAAUGUCAAUGAGUUAUGCUGGGUGACUGUAACUAGGCAGCACCAAGUACUUAUUCUGGAUAUAAAUUUGGGCUUUGACUAUCAAUAAACUGUUUGAGUGCUUUUUAUGGUUAAGUACUUGUGCUAAUUCUAUCUUUUGCUAUACCAUUUAUCAUUUACAUUGGUGAAAACUUUAAUUGUGCACUAAAUCAGUCUUAUAGCAAUAUCUUUGCACUAGAAACUAAGGAAAGCUUUGAAGAAUGAAUGUCACUUGGAACUUCAGAAGUGAGAACACAGUUAAACAAUCAGGUGAAAGUGGACAAUCUCAUUUCUAAACAUGUAUUAUUUACUGUAAUGUGCAUUGACUGGUGUUAUGUUGGCAUUUGAUAUUUUAUCUCGUGGGCUGUAGUUGCUGGAACAAAACUUGCAGUAGCACCAAACCUGGUGACAGCAAUGAACUCUUGUAGAAAUUUAACAUUGGGACAGGUCAUGUUUUUAUGUACGUGUGUGUUAACAUACCCAUGCCUGCUUAUUACAAUAUUUGGUUGACCGCUUACGCAUUCUUUAUAAAAUCUUGUUAUUGUUUAAAUAUGCAGAAAAUAUACUUGUCAUUUUAUUGCUAAUAGCUUAGUUACCUUAUGCAGCACUGGUUUAAAGCAAAUAGGUAUAGUGAAGAAUUAAUAUAGUAAAGUUGGGAUUCCAUUUUACAACUGAAAUUUGCUUAAGUGUUUCACUUUGUUUUAGUGUUACAUUAUGUAUAACUAGUAAUUUAUGUAAAGCAGUGACUUUGUUACUCUUCAGCUUGAAGUAUUUAAUUGUUUUUAAACUGUACUGUAUAGUAUGGACAAACAAAUCAAAGUGUCUUGGAGGGGCUUGUCUACAUAGCCAGACUUAACAAACAAAUGUCUUAAAAAUAGGUACUUAAAAACCCCCCAUAAUUAAGCAACCACAAGAGAAUUUAACAAUCAGUUUACCAAUACUUCAUGAUCAAAAUUCCAAACAAAGGUUGUGUAUGGCUUUGCUCUUGCCUGUAGUGCUAUUUCCACAUGAUCAAAGUGUUACUCAUCUUUUUGGGUUUUUUCUACGUCAAUGUAAAAUAAUACAAUUGUCAGACUGUCUUCAACAGAGCUGUUGAGAUUAACAGAGUGAAAGGUAAAUGUGACUUUUCCAUAUCCCCAUGUUUGACAUUUACUUACAACUAAGUCUUUUAGUUUUAUAUCAAAUGCAAAGAGGAAGAAUAAUUGCCAUUCUCAGAAGGACAUAAAAUGCAGUUUAGUUGCAAAAUAAGAUCAGCCUACUUCUCAAAAACAUGGUUCUUGUCUUUCCUAUUACAUUCAAAGAGUGUUUCAUUCUGAACUGCUUUCCCCCACCAGUGAACAUUGAAAAACUAUGGGGAGGUGGCCUCAUAUAAUGUAAGGGUAAUGUCGACUACCUCCCAAAAAAUGCUCUGAUAAUGUCCUUAAAUGGAGAUCAUCAGGCUUAUUUUAUUUUGAUCCUCAGGCUAGAUCUAGACCCUCUUUUCAGAGGUGAAAAGCAAGAGCUUUAUGUGUUAGGCCAUCUAGUUUCCCCUCAAGAGUUUAAACAAAUGGAGGAAAUAUUAAGCAGUGUUUAAAGUUGGGAAAAAACAUAAUUUGUAAAGGCUCUCAUCAACCACUGCCUCUGACAAAGCAUUAUUUUGCCGUCAAACAGAGGAAACCAGUGCUUCCAGGAAAAUUCCUUGUAGUCAGUUUAGGCUUUCAAAAUAUUACUGUGGUCACUAAUUAUAAACCUGACACUUCCUUGUGGCUUUUACUUAGUGUGCAAUGUAACUUCUCAGGGCAUAGAUUAUUUUAGAAAACUAGGGUACAUUUUUACAGUUUAUAAUCAUUGGUAAAAAUGCAUACAUGUUAAAUGUAUAAUAAGUGGCUCUUAAUAUUUUUAGUCUAGAACAGUAUUUUAUAUAGCCCGUAGCUAAUACUGUAGCUAGUUGCCUGCUUUAGGCCUGCCCUUCUCACCUGCCUGUAUUUUAAAACAUAUUAGUGAUUUCAUCAAGAAACUAUGGGCCAGAUCUUGAAAGCUGCUGGAUAUCUAUCUCCUGGAUGGCUCCAAAUGCAUUCAGCAGGACACUCAACACCUCACAUGGCCAAGUCUUUUAAUACCAGGGAAAAUGUAUUCUGUAUCUCUGAUAUGUUACAGAUCCUGAAUUUCCUGAAUCUUAUGAUGAGUCUGAACACUAAAGUCCCAUACCUGUUUUAUGAGGCACAAGAUUGUUAUUUGUUGUCUAGCCAACACAUGUUUAUAUACCAUACAACUUUGCUAAAGAGCAGAACUCUUCAUUGAAACAUGGGUCAUUAAGCUUCCUUAUUUGUACCAUCUGGAACCUGCUAUUAAUCCUAGUUAAUAGUGAAGAAAAAAACACUAAGAUCUGUAUUUUGUGUGCAUUGAAUUUUCUGAGUGGACUAUGAUUAUGUUGAAGCAAGGGUAGUUUUCUUGGAAGACUUAAUAGUUUGCGUAUGAUAUGUGAAUAGCAGUUUAAAGUUGGUGCCUCUGCUACAAUAGAUUCCUUAUACAGAGAAGUAAUGAAUGGAGAGAUGCAACUGUUAACAAAGUAUGGAUUAUCCCAUUGUCAGCUGUUGAAAAUAUCAUAAGUGAUGUAAAAUGUAAAUACCCUGAGACAGAAUAUAUUUAUAUAUACUGUGACCAUUCCCAUUUGUUCAGGUUUUUCCUUUGUGAAGUGGCUACAUUUAAAGCAGCGUUCCCCUCCUGCAACAGUGUGCCUGGGAAGGUUCUCAUAAUUUUAUAUAAUAGUAAACAGGGAGCUUUUUCUAAUGGCUCCGGGGAGCACUGAGAUCCAUGGUACUGCAAAUUUCUAGGUCAGUACUAUAGAACCUACGUGAACCAGUGAAUAUUGUUUAAUUCUAUAAAGCCAUCACUUCCACUUCCAUCUGAGUAGUAUUCUUUACAGUGCAAACAUUAGCCUGUCUGGGAGACAUGUAAGAAAAAAAAUAUUUCACUUUUGUGGCUUUGGGAUCAUUAAAAAUGUUAUGGUUAAAAACUGUUUUGUUAAAAGCAGCUUUUAACCAUAGUACCAUUAUAUUUUAUCAAAAACUUUGGGUAGAUAACUGUGACCACUGUAAAUUCACUGAAAGCUAUUUGGUGCAGAUGAAUCAGGUUAAAUUGGCAAUAUUAAUGGCACUUGGAAUAGUAUGAUGACAAAACAAUCACAACCUUAUGGCACUAGAAAUAAAAAAAAUAUUCAGAAACAUUUGCAGUAUUCCAAAGUCAGGGAAUUUAAAAGCAUAAAUUAUCUUCCAGAGCUUACAUUUUAAUGGAAUAUUUUUUGCUCAAAGAGUACCACUGUAGUGAAUAGGAAUCUUGUUUGAAUAGUAUCACGAAUAAACUAGUCAUGGAUAAAUAACCUGUAAUCUGUCCACUUCAGUAACUAGGAAGAGAGGUGGGGCUGUAAAUUCAAGUAUAGGACCCAAUUUUCUCAUGCCUGGGUUAUUCCUGUGUGAGCUAGUGAAAGAAAAUUGUGGAUAAUAAUUCAUCCCUUGGGGACAAUAUGCUGCCCUACUGUUAACUGCAUAGUCCCAUUCCAUCUUUAAUUUGUGAAUUUUACACAGUGUCUGCCAACUUCAGGGCCUGCUCAUCCACUAUAUCCACACUGAAGCCCAGCUGGGCUUUUUUCCAGAGAGCCUGGAAAGGACAGUGGAACUUGCAGUCCUGGAUGCCCUGACAGGAGUUUUCCAAGCUGUGGAGGAGCAUGCAGCUUGAAUUACUGUAGACUGUGUUCCCUUAUAGCAUAAAUGGGACAAUGUGGUAGUCUGGUCAGUUUUCCACUCAUUAAACUGGAAGCCCAUAGAGCGUUCCUUGAGAGUCCUGCAUAAAUCAUAGUAUCAUACAAAAAGUAGGGCUGGACGGGACCUAAGGAGUUCAUGUGAUCCAAAGGUGUCAAGCAUAGGGCUCAUGGGCUGGUUCUGCAGCAGUAGCAUUAAACCCCAUUAUUUCAAUACAGCACCAGAACCCAGGAAGUUAAUGCCACUCACCUCCCUUUUCCCCCCACCUUGCCUGCUGCUGAAAUCAGGAUGUUUUAGUCACCUCCAGCAACUAAAUUAGGCAGCAAGGGAAAAGGAGCGGGGCAGGGGGAACAGCAUUACUCUCUGGGUUCCAGAGCCCUGUGACUACAGCAGUUUUGGCAGCCAUAGAGAUUAACACCCACGCAGCCCAUGGGAAGCACUGCAAUCUGUAUCUGGCCCAUGGUAAACUCCACAAUUGAGAUCCGGCCCACAGGACCCAAGUUUAACACCCCAGUCUAAUCCAACCCCCUGCUCAAGGCAAGAUCAUCAUCCCUUUCUAAAGGAAGGGUGGAGUAUAUUUUGGAAGAUGCACUGCUCCAUGUUCCUUUUACAAGAGUAGACGGAGGGGAGCAUGAAAAGCAACACGGGUGAUGUACUUCUUAGUUUUUGGUAUUUCCCAGUGGCUGAUCCUUUUGGGGGUUGGGGAAAAAAGUCAUACUGUCCAAGAUCUUUCAAAGUGGCCAGUUGUUUUGGAUGCCUCCCUUUUAAUUUAUUCUAUUGAGACCUCUUUGAAAGGGGUCUGAGCCCCACUCCUUCAUCUGGCAAUCCAGUCCCUGUUUUAAGAUGAGCACCAAAAGUCACAACUGAAAACCUUAUCCCUUGUUUACAACUGAAGAUUAUUGCAAAGCUGUCAAAUUUUCUAUCUGUAGAAGCAUCAUUUGCCCUACUGGUUGCUGGGAAAGAUGAGUAAAAAUCUGGAGGAAAUUGUCAAUGUGCACUUAAGUUUCAAGUUUGUUAUUCUCUCUGAGAUCUUUUUGAGGGCUAGCAACAAUGGAUACAAAUUAUUUUAAGGCUUGAUCCUGCAACCUAAACUCACAUGAAUACAGGCUGCUGGAUCAAAUUGCUACUGCAUAUACUGCAGGUAAGAUGUCAAGUCACUACAUGAUAGCGUGAUAAUAAAAUGCUUGCUUUGAUGGAUUAAGUGGUUCUGCUGUCCUAAGUGAAUAAUGUUAUGCACGAUUCUAACCUAGCUUUCUUGUGGAAAGAAAGCUGUUAUCGGUGUGGUAUUUAUCAGUUUCUGCUGUCCUUGAGGAAAAACGUAAAGUUUUUAGCUGUUAGUAGUUUAAAAAAAAUGGUGAGAGUAGUAUAUUGAAGCAUUCCUAAAUGCAACUACUGCAGAAGCAACUAUGUUUUGGGCCAGUAUUUUUAAUAGCUGUGAAAGGAUUGUUUGAAAUCAAGUACCCUCAGAUCACUGGGAGAUCAAGGGAACUAAUCUGAAAAUCUGAAACAAGCAAUAAAGAUUGUUAAAACAAUAUUUACUAGUUAAAUCUGCCAUUUCAACAGCCACUUUCUUUAGGGAUACCCAGAAGGGUUAUGCUCAGCCAUUAGAUACACAGAGGUUUGCUGGAGGGAUCAGUAUUAAAAAAAUCCAGACAUGGUGGGAAGGAUUUCACCAUGGCGGGAAGGAUGCAGUGCAUGCAUGUGUGAAAUAUACAGUAAGAUGCAGAACAAGUCUUAAACUGUUGAGAUAAUAUUGCUGAUCAAUGGCUGCAUUUAGUUUGACAGCUGAAUUCAGUGCAAAAUGCAUCUUAUGAAAGGAUGGGUGUAGAGGUUUUGGGCAUAAAAGAUGCAUUUGAUGUAGUUUGGCUGGUGGCAAUUUUAACAACUAUUGAAUGGCUUAAUCCCCUCCCUCCCAAAAGUACACUAUACAUACUAAAUUAUAUUGUGCAGUAAUUAAACUGCACAGUUAUCUGUUGUCUUAUCAUCUCAUAGUCACUUAUAAAUCAGUAACUGUGGUGGGUUUUUUUUUAAAUGUAGCUACUUCAAGUUUGAUUAAGUUUCUAGAAUCAUGCAGUAAAAAUCUUGUAAUGGAUAACUACUUCUGCUCCUACUAACUGCAUCUAACUAACUUCCUUCACAUGUUCUACAUAAAACAGGACCCAACUGAGCAUAGAUUUUGAUCCUUAUAAAUUCAGCUUUCCUGUGAAAGGAAGUGGAAAGUCUACAAUGUUUAAAAUGCCCUGACUUCCAAUGCAUUAGAAACCUAAGAGAGCAUCCUAACGUUGUUUUUUAGUUGUGCACACUAAACUCAGUCUUGUUUAUUUCAGGUAUUUUGUAUUACAUGCCAUUUUAACAUGAUCCUAUCAGUACAAAAGUAUAUUAAAAACCAGCCCUAGAAUCCUAACAAUUCUAUGCAGAUGUCUUCCAGAAUUACAGGUACAAUCUUAAUGGUGGUGGUUGGCAGAAUGAAUUUUCCACUUAUUUAUCAGUAGAAUAAUUUUUAUAUGUACUAGUGAUAAAAUGUAUUAAGCACAGCUAUAAGUUAUUGUAUUUCUGUAGAAAUUGGAAAAUAGUGUACAAUUUUUUUGCUAAAUAUUAAGUUUUUAAAUAAACUUUUCAUCUCCUAAGA